AUGAGCCCAAUAUUGGCGUCAGUCGGGGGAAUGGGGAAAGAGAGGGGGAGAGCGGAAGUGAGCUUUGAGAGCCAGCCUCCCCUGCACCAAAAGCAACAGCAGCAGCAGCAGCAGCAGCAGCAGCAGCAGCAGCAGCAGCAGCAGCAGCAGAAGGAGCAGCAGCAGCAGCAGAAGGAGCAGCAGCAGCAGCAGCAGCAGCAGAGGCAGCGAACAGACAAGAAGAGGAGGGCACGGCUGAAAAUGAGAGCUGAGGCCCCAGUUGACUUUGAGGACCGUGGAGAGGAGGUGUACGAGCGAUUCGAAGGGGUGCUGGCCGCUGCUGUGCGCGGUGUGGUGGGCUAUCGAGAAUCUCUCAGGCAGCUGGAGCAGUGCUGCAGGGAGCUGGCGGUGGGGUUGAGGGCGGACGCGAGGGAGAGCGUGCAGCCCGCACAGGAGCACGUGCUCAGCAGGAAGAGCCAGGCGCUCCAAUCAGAGGCUGCCACGUGGGCGCUCAUGCACCACCUGUUUGGAUACGACACGGACCAUCUCACUGAAGACGUGCGUCUGCACCCGUCACCGUCAGCCCAGGACACGUGCGACUUCCUGUCGACCAAUGAGAACGCACAGCACAGCUGGCGGGUGCUGAGGUGGCUGGAAGGGUUGGCAGAGUCAGACCUCAUGCUGCUGCAGGCGGAGCGUGGCACCUGUAUGGGCAGCUACACAGAAGCGUCUGGCCUGCGUGUGCACACACAGAGGGCGAUCCGCGAGGGGCAGGGGGGGUUGAACGGGAUUGUAGGGCUGGGCGGCAGGAGGAGCACCGCGCUGUCGUUUGGUGGGGUGGAGGGGCGGUAUGGGCGAGGAGGAAUGGGAGGGGGAGAGGAGAUGGUGACUGCUGUGGAUGCUGAUGCUGUCACUCGCGAGGGGGGACGCCUACAUGCCGAGGACGAGGUGAGUACGGACUUCCUUCCUUCCCUUGUGAUUAUUGGGGCGCGUCUAGAGAUGGUGGCGGCUGUGGAUGCUGAUGCAGUCACUCGCGAGGGGGGGCGGCUGCAUGCAGAGGACGAGGUGAGGGCACGUGUGAAUCCCCGGUAUGGGCCCUUCCUUCCUUCCCUUGUCAUGCUGUGA